AUGCACACGGCUGGCCCGGCCUGGAACUGGUACUCGAGCGAGGAAAAGCUCUGGGACUACGACAGCAACCAGAGCAAGGACGGCAACUGGAUGACGACGGGUCAUUUCUCCAACUCGAUGGACCCGGGUGUCAACCAAGUAGCGUGCGGCUACUCGACGUACUACAACCCAAGCGUUGGCAAGGACGACUCGCUGGUGUGGUGCAACUACCUCGGUGGCACCAACGGCAAGAUCCCGCGUCCGUCGGUGGACCAGGCGACGCUCGUCAAGCAAAUUCUGCAUGUGCGGACACUGAUCGAUGCGCCGGCCGCCGCCCUCGACCGCCUCACUGCCGCAGAUCACUUCCAGAGUCUGUGUCUCUCGGCUUACAUUCUGCAAUGUGAGAUUGCGGACGUGGGUCUCUGGCUCGCGGCGCGCGUGGUCCCUUUGUCCUGGUGCGAUGCUGCGAUAGCGUUUCUGAAGCCGCUCGACGACGAUGUGCGCGCCAGCCUCGAUGCGACGUGGUGCCUCCUGAGCUCGCUCCAGCCCCCGUUUCACCGCGCUCGGUUGGCGACUUUCGAGCGGCAGUUGACGCAGCUCGAAACAGUCCUGCAGCGUGCUUCGAACGCCCUUCAAGACGUCAGAGACCAAGCGAUUGGCGUUGAGCGAGAGCUGGCGCUGCGUCGCCUUCAACUGUGGGCCCGAGACGUCCUCUCCAAGCGCCACUUUUACUCGGUCAAGGUUCAGCUGCGCCAGCGCCACCACCGCGGGCUCAUUCCUGGCCUCUUUGAUGGUUUACACGAAGAGUCCGUCUUGACUGUGGACGCUGUUCAUGCAACCGUGACAGUCGAGUACCCGCGGGCGCUGGACCGCCCGGGUAGCCCCCGGCACAAGAUUGUCUAA